UUAGGUCGACCAACUGGUUGUUAAAGAUAGAAACUCCUUAACCAUACAUUUAUAUAUAUAUAAACAUUUUCACAAUAAUUGUCAUCUCUCUUUUACCAAAGACUUGACUCCAAGAGAAUCAACAAAGCACUUAAGCAAGAAGCUGGAGGUUCAAAGCACCAACCAGAUUAUGGCUUUCUGAAGCAAUCAAUAUCUAUCUCUUCACAAAAUUAGACAAAGUUUUUAUUUGAUUUCUUCUUUCUUCUUUUUAUAUUAUAUAAGAAAGAAAUUCAAUUCUUUCUUUCUAUGUCUGGAGGAAGGAGAGAAUGAUAUGGGUCUUUCACGUGUGACAUUGAUGAGAUGACGAAUUCAAAUUAUAUUUCAUUCUAAGAAGAAAAGAAAAAAAAAGGCAUAACCUUUAGUUUUCUUUGCUCGGAAAAUUUCUUUGAAGAAAAAAAAAGACUUUCCUAUAUUGCAAAUCUUGAAUAUUUUGUAAAUCUUUUCAAGAUUUGGUUAGUCUCUUUCAAACAAUUCACAAGAAGCAGCAGUUGGUUUCAAGCUUCCAGGCUGCUGCAACGUCUACGACCUGAUCAUAGGACAAGGGACUAUGAAACUCAAUUGAGCCAAGAAAGACACUCCAUUGAUACAAUUUCGAUGGAGAAUUAUCCGGAAACACAGUUUCUCCCCGGAAACUCUAUGAUCCACAUGAAUGCUACAGUUUCUUACUCCCAGGAAUUAGCCAGUAGAGAAAGAACUGAAGCUACCAACAAUGUCUCAGCCUCACAAGAGAGGCAAGCGUUGUCCAGAUUUGGUCAAGUUUCGCAAAUGCAGGACGCUGAUCAAGAUUUCGGUUCUUGGAGAGAUGAAGCAAGUGACAGGAACGGUUUCCAGCUAAUGAGUGCCAUGGCGAGUUCCACGGCGCAUCCUCAUACCGGUCAGGGGUUGUCCCUUAGCCUUGGCUCGCAGAUUCUUCCUGGAAUCCAUCAAAGUAUGGCUCCAAGAGCUGAGCAUUUCAGAGGCAAUGAGUAUGCAACACAGAGCUUUCCGGGAGGGAAUCAGAACUUGGAUGUUGUGAGAACAAUUCCCAACUCAAAGUAUCUCAAGGCGGCUCAACAGCUUCUUGAUGAGGCUGUUAAUGUAAGGAAAGCUCUGAAGCAGUUUCAGGCAGAGGGGGAUAAGAACAACGAGAAGCCUCAAGAACCGGAUCACAACACUCAAGACUCGAGCACGAACGCUCCCCCUGAAAUCUCUCAAUCUGAGAGACAAGAAAUGCAGAGCAAAUUGACAAAACUCUUAUCAAUGUUGGAUGAGGUGGAUAGAAGAUAUAAGCAAUACUACCAGCAGAUGCAGAUAGUUGUAUCCUCGUUCGAUGUGAUAGCAGGUUAUGGAGCGGCUAAGCCAUACACAGCACUAGCCCUUCAAACCAUUUCUCGCCAUUUCCGUAGCCUAAGGGAUGCCAUAUCCGGACAAAUCCUCGUGAUACGUAAGUCCCUCGGGGAGCAACAAGAUGGAUCAGAUGGGAAGAGAGUUGGGAUAAUAAGCAGGCUUAAGUACGUUGAUCAACAUUUAAGACAACAAAGAGGUUUUAUGCAACCUCAAGCUUGGAGGCCUCAACGAGGUCUACCUGAAAACUCUGUUUUGAUUCUCCGCGCUUGGCUCUUCGAGCAUUUUCUACACCCUUACCCAAAGGACUCUGAUAAGAUCAUGCUAGCAAGGCAAACGGGCUUGAGCCGCGGUCAGGUUUCAAACUGGUUUAUAAAUGCGCGUGUGCGUUUAUGGAAGCCAAUGGUGGAGGAGAUAUACAAGGAGGAAUUCACAGAGAAUGAUUCCAACUCGUCUUCCGAAAAUACACCAAAAACGUCUGAGAUAGGACCAGCUGCUGCUGAUGAUGAAGAUCGAGCUCAAGAGUUUUCACAUGACCAGACCAAAACGGACCAUGGACAUGAUGGAUAUGGUGAGGAAACAUGUGGCAUGGUCCAAGGCAGUCAAAUGGAUGAUCGACGGUUCAUGGCAGUUGAGCCAACAUAUCAUGUGGCUGACAUGUCAAGACUGGGUCGUGGUGCUGUUUCUCUGACCUUAGGGCUUCAAAACUCUAACGGACAUGAUAAUGUUGUGGCUAUGUCUAGUACUGAGGCGUACAACAACAGCUUUCCCGGGGUAGAUAUUUACGAGAAUGCCAUCCCGGGAGCUGAACAGGAGUAUGUAAACCCCGGGAGUCGUAGCCAGAACCGGACAAGUUCUUCCCAAUUGGUACAUGAUUUUGUAGCUUGAAGAAGAAAGCCAUAUAUGGUGAUUAAUAAAGCAUAGGUGUUAUAUAUGAAUAUGGUCAGUCUCAAUACUCUAGUGGGAGAAAGUUGGUCAUGAAAAAGUUUUACAAAUAUUUGUAUAAAGAAAACAUUCUUUUCUGCAAGAAAUAUAAAAGUGAGGUUAGGUCUCUGGGACCAAACACAA